AUGGAAAAGUCGAAGCUCCUAGACAAGAAGGAGCAGUCCAAGCGAGAGAAGGCCAUGGAGCAGGAAAUGAAGGAGAUUGAAGCUAAGGAGGAGAAAAAGAGAGAAGAGAAGAAGCGGAAAGCUCUCCUAGAAGCCGAGCGUCGGAAGGUGCAAGAAGCUUUCGAGAAACGCAAAAAGGAGGCUGAAGAACAGAAGCUCCGAGAAGAGGAGGAGUGGAGAGCCAGGCUCCGAGAAAGACGAGAGCAAGAAGCAAAGGAGGAAGAGGAGCGUGAGAAGGAGCGUGAGGCGAAGCGCGAGAAGAAGCGCCUCGAGAAGGAGAAAAAGAGGAAGCUGGAAGAGGCAGAAGAGGCGCAGAAGAGGCAAGCGAAAGAAGCAGAGGAAAAGAAACGGCGAGAUGCUGAAGACAAGGAGAAAGCAAAGAGAGAAGCAGAACAAGCGCAGCAGGCUGCUGCGGAGUCCGCUCGGCUGCAGGCCGAGAUCAUGGCGCAGCUACCUGCCCCGGGGCUGUUGGGCAUGGCAGCGGCCUUCCAGGAGCAGGCGCUCAUGGCCCAGGCGGCCGCGAAUGCCAUGGCCGGCUGCCAAGGUUGUAUGGGCUGCGGUUUCAACGGCUGUAACGGUUGCAGCUGUCCGACGAUGCCGGGCUGGGACGCUUCGCAGGCGGCUGCAUUUGGCACAG